AAACGGCAAAUCAACCAAAGGUCCAAAACCCCUCGAUUUUUCUCUUAGCAAGUUAAGCAGACAGACAAUUCACUGAAGCUCAAUCGCUCUCCAGUCCGCAAAUGGCCGUCACAGGAGCGUUAACGACUUCGUUUUUGCCAACGCGAAUACGGCAUCUGCAGCUUCCCUCUGUGUCUUCGAGUCAGAGGCAAAACAUGCCGAAAGGAUGGGCUGUUUGCCAAUCUGUUAGUGUGAACGCCAGGUUUGGAUCUUCCAAGGGUGGUGCCGGUGUCUUGGAACGGCCGACUUUCGAUCAGUCACAAUUCGACCCUUCUACACAAGUUCUUGAAGGAGGAGAUAUUGGACGAUUGAAGGACAAAAAAGGUCCGGGGAGUGGAGACAGUUACAGAGUUCUGCUGAUUGAUGAUGUUCGUCAUACAGAGAAGUUAGUUGCAAAGCUGCUGCCCCAAGUUGUUCCAUUUGUUACCCCUGAUGACGCAAGAAGAUUUUUCCAAGUAUCUCGUGAAAAUGGAGUUGCAAUUGUUAUUGUCACUGUUAAGGAGCAUGCGGAGUUCUAUUCCCAAAUGAUGAUACGCAGUGGGUUAAGGUCAACAAUUGAGCCUGAUUCAAGCAUUGUAUGAAGCAAGGCUACUGUAAAACCGCGACCAUCAAGACCGGCGGGGAGAUAUUUUCAAAAUCCAAUUAAUCAGAGUUUAUGUACUUAGUAGGGAAGGAAUUAGGGGAAUGGCGGGUCUAGAUAUAUAGUGAUUGAAGUACAAGUUUUGUAGCUCUAGAUAACAGAAUUCAGUUUCUUAAAACUAUAACCAUGUAUGAAUUUCAGUAUAAAAUCUUAUCAAACUGGUUGAACUUAA